AUGCCAGAGUCUGGAACCGAUCAUGGAUCACUCAUUACUUCUAUAAGUCAAAUACCGACUAUGAAUACCUUAAAAAACUAUGAAAUUCAACGGAAAUUAGGACAGGGAACGUUUGGUAUGGUUCAAAUGGCGGUGAAUAAGAAGACUCGAAACAAAGUAGCCCUCAAGCAAUUGUUGAAUCAUCUGGCUAAAGAGGGGUUCCCAGUAACUGCAAUGAGAGAAAUCACCAUAUUAAGAAGACUACAUAAUAAGAAUAUCCUUACUAUUGUGGAUAUGAUUUAUGAAGAACCCAAAGUUGAUAACCCUAAGGAUUUGAUUCAUCAAAGAGGUUGUUUCUAUACUGUUAGUCCCUAUAUGUCAUGUGACUUGGUGGGAAUAUUUGAGAAUCCUCGUAUACAUUUAAACAUCCCACAGAUCAAAUGUCUUAUGCUUCAAUUAUUGAGCGGGAUGGAUUAUAUUCAUUCACAGCGAUUUCUACAUCGUGAUGUUAAGGCGGCAAAUAUUCUUAUAGAUGAUCAAGGGGUGUUGAAGAUAGCUGAUUUUGGUUUGGCCAGAGUAUACCAUGGUUCAACUCCUAAAUUGGGUAAAGGUCCUGGUGGUGGAGAAAGAAAUUAUACUGGACUUGUGGUUACACGAUGGUAUCGACCACCAGAAUUACUUUUAGGUGAAAGACAAUAUACCACUGCUGUAGACAUGUGGGGGGUUGGAUGUGUAUUUGGUGAAUUCUUUAUCAGGAAACCUAUUUUACCUGGUCAAUCUGAUGCUCAUCAAGCACAAUUGGUGUUUUCCCUUGUGGGACCUCCUAAUAAUGAUAAAUGGACAUCUGCUGUGAAUUUACCCAACAAACAAGAUUAUAGUAUUGGGUUGACAUGCAAAAGAACAUUAGAACAGAGAUUUAUGGAAUAUUUAUCACAAGAUGGUUUAGAUCUACUUAGUGGGUUAUUGACAUUGGAUCCUUAUAAAAGAUUGAAUGCGCAAGAUGCCAUGAAACAUCUGUUCUUCACUGAACUGCCUUUACCCCUCAAACCUUCGGAAUUACCCAAGUUUGAAGAGUGCCAUGAAAUCGAUAGGGAAAAGUUUAAAAAGAUGAAAGAACUGGGGCCAUCCAAUAUUGGCCAACCAAAUAAUAAUACUAUUAACAAUUAUAACAAUCAUAAUAGCUCAGGUGCAUCAUUCUUAUCGAGAGAUAAUAGAGCUGAUAUACCCUCAAAAUCUAUUUCCCAUAACCACAAGGAUGCCAAGGACGGAGCACAAGGAAUAAGGAGCUCCUUGCCCACUGGUCCCCGAGGGAAGUCACAGAGUAACCUGCCAAUAUCAAGUGGGUAUAGAUCGGGUCGAGCACCUACUAAUGAUGGUAGUGAAAAGAGCAAUAAUAUGAGUUGGGGAAGACCCAGCAAUGACAAAGAUAAAUCAAGAAGUAGUGCUGCUACAAAUAGUAGCAAGGCUGCUUCGUUUCUUUUCAGCUCCAGAGAUAGAAGGCCACCUUCAGGCUUGAAGACAGCGAGACCCAAAUCUUCAUCCACGGCAUAUGUGAGUACACUUAAACCUAAUGCUUCUCUUCCCGGAGUCAAGAGACCCAGAUCGGAGUCACCGCUUGAGGUGAACCGAGUCAAACGAGCACACGAUAUGCUGAAUGAAAGCGAUUUGACUGAUUUUGAAGAUGAUGUUGAUCAAGAAAGACUACUGAACUUUUUAGUUUAA